GACGGCCGGAUGCUUAACAAAACAAGAGAGGAAAAAAAAGAAGAGAGAUUCAUUUUCUCCGGCUCAAAGCCUCUCUCGCCAUUCGCCGAACAACUUCUUCUUUAGAAAAUUUUCGGUUGGUUCAAUCAUUCCUUCGUUGAAAUUUCACGUUAACAUCGUUUGAGUUCAGAUCAAAGAAGAUUCUGUGACAAGAAAUAAAAUUCUGAUUCCGUCAGUAAAACGAGUGGGAAAGAUCUUCUGAGGCUGAAAUUGUCGAAUUUUUCUAAAGAAAAAAAUUGAAGGAAUUUAUUUUGAAGGUUCAGAAUUUCUGGAAUCUGAAGUGAAAAAUGAGCCUCCGAUCUCAGGUGGAGGCGUACGUGAAACGGAUCUGAUAAAAGCAAUCAAAGAGAAGGAACUUUUCAGUUUGUUUUUCGAAAUUUCCUGUUCAAGCUCUUCGAAUUCUUUGAAUUUGUCGUAGAAUUUCGAAUUUCGCUCGUCAUAAAUCACAUAAAAUUUUCUGAUCCAAAAACAAAAGGAAUUCGUCGCCGUAGAUGGAGCUCCCUCAAUCCCGGCCUUUCGGAGCUGAAGGAAGAAAACCAACGCAUGACUUUCUGUCACUGUACAGUCAUUCAAGUGUCCAACAAGAUCCAAGGCCACCUUCUCAAGGUGGGUACCUCAAGACUCGUGAUUUCUUACAACUAGAACAACAAGGGAAUCCAAGUGCCAAGAAGGAAAUAUCAGUAGAGGUAGCGACUGUUGAAAUGCCAACACCGCCGUUUGUGGAACAUAUUCUUCCUGGCGGGAUUGGAACAUACAGUAUAAGCCACGUUUCCUAUUUUAAUCCUAGGGUUCCAAAGUCUGAGGGGGCCGUAUUUACUGUUGCUGAAGGAAGUAGUACAGAGAGAAAUGAUGAGAAUUCCAACUGCAGUUCUUAUACCGGAAGUGGUUUCACUCUGUGGGAAGAAACUGCGGGAAAGAAGGGAAAGACAGGGAAGGAGAAUGCCGGGGAAACACCCUUUGUAAGAGAUGCGGCGGGAAAGGUGGGACACUGGGCCACAUCGUCGUUGGAAAAAGGAACGCAGUCGUCAACCAACAACCAUCCAAAGAGCUACAGCUGUCUCUCUUCCUCUCAGCCAUCCUCAAAGCAGCAGAAAAGGCAAAGCUUCAUGGAAAUGAUAAAAUCAGCAAAAGGUAGCUCACAAGAUGAUGAUUUUGAAGAAGAUGAAGAUUUUGUUCUCAAGAAAGAGAGUUCCACUACCACCCAUAAUAUAGGAGAAUUGAGAGUGAAAGUGGAUGGAAAGAGUGUACCUGAUCAGAAGGCCAACACCCCAAGGUCAAAACAUUCUGCUACUGAGCAGCGGAGGAGGAGUAAAAUUAACAACAGAUUUCAGAUGUUGAGAGAUAUCAUUCCAAACAGUGACCAAAAAAGAGAUAAAGCCUCAUUCUUAUUGGAGGUUAUCGAGUACAUUCAAUUUCUACAGGAGAGAGUACACAAAUAUGAAGGAACAUACCAAGGAUGGAGCCAUGUACCAUCAAAAUUGAUACCAUGGAGAAGCAACCAAAGGCCUACAGAAAAUUACGCUGAUCAAUCUCGAGCCAUAAAUGGUGUUUCUCCUUCGGUGGUGUUUCCUACGAAGUUGGAUGACGGAAACAUCAACAUCACCCCAACCAUUCGUGAAAGUGCAGAGAACCCUAUCGAACCUAAUAAGAGCAGAGCUACUACCUUCAGGGCAAUGGACCUUACUCCAGGAAUGAUGAACAAAACAAUGCCCUUUCCUGUGUCACUACAACCAAACUUCUUCAACACUGCCCAGAACACUGUUCCAGCAACUCAAAUUCCACCUCGGUUGCCAUCUGAUGCGGAAAAUAAUGCAUCUCAGCCUCAACCUGUACAGUGUCAUACUGGAUCCUGUACUGCCAAUGGUGCUCUUCCUAGCGAGAAGCUAAAAGAACAAGAGCUGACAAUUGAAGGUGGAAAAAUUAACAUCUCAAGCCUAUAUUCACAACGAUUGUUGAAUACACUAACACAAGCGCUACAAACUUCGGGAUUAGAUUUAUCGCAAGCCAGCAUCUCGGUACAAAUCGAGCUCGGAAAGCAAUCUAGCAAUCGGCCGACGGCUCCCACAUCCACACUUAAGGAUACUACGGCGGCUCCCUCUACAAAUCAAGGGAAGACGCGCCCUAGAGUUGGACGCGGUGAGGAUUCUGAUCAACCUUUAAAGAAGCUUAAAACAUGAGAAUUCUAGCUUGAUAAUUCCAGAAUAUUCUUUAUUUUAUUAUUAUUAAAUUAAUUAAUUUUUUGGGGGUACCUUGCCCUUCCUUAACGGUAAUGCACAUACCCUAGUCAGUCACUCGGGCGACUGCUGGGUACAGAUUCCAAUACAAAUAUAUCUUAAAGUUUUCUCC